ACGCACCUCAAAGAAGUCGUGCUCCCGUGGGAAGCGCACCGGGCGCGGCGCGAAGCGGAAGGGCGCGGUCCUGGCCGCGGGGUCCCGCUCCACGGGUAGAGGUUCGGCCGACCCGGGUGCCCCCGCCAGGCGUGCGUGCAGCGCGGGUGGCAGCUGCAUCGCCCUGAGCGCCAGCGGCGCCACGGCCUGUCGGCCACCGUCCGCGAGCCGGCCGGGGCGGGGCCGGACGUGACGUAGAGCUCCACUUCCGCCGCCGGGGCUGCCCUGCGGGCUUGACGGGCUUGGCGGGCUCGGGCCGGGCGCGCCCCUGCGACCAGUCCGCAGACUGCAGCCCGAGUGGUCUUUGGGAAAUUCGCGAUUUGUUGUGCCGGUCCCGCGGCCCCACGGCAGCUCACACUCAAUCACCGGGGUCUGUGGGUUCGUUGGUGGCGACCAGUAAGGUGAAGCACAAGGGAGCAUUAAAAAGAUCAGCCGAGCUGGGGAGGUGCUACCUGCAGAUGUCAAGGUUCACGAAGAUAGUUUCUAAAUAAGCAUUUACUUAAAUGAUCUUUCUUCUGAAGAGCCCUGUCCACCCACUUGUGACUGGUGGAGAGAUGGCAAAUGCAGUGUCCAUGCCGCCUAGGUGGCCAAAGUGGUCCUCAGUCCAGCUGUUAGAGAACACCCCGCGGUCCUUGGAAACCUCGUAGAAUGAGAACACAGAGCCGAAAUCAUGAGUGAAUUUCGAAUUCACCACGACGUCAAUGAGCUGCUCAGCCUGCUGCGCGUGCACGGAGGGGACGGGGCCGAGGUCUACAUCGACCUGCUGCAGAAGAAUAGGACCCCGUAUGUCACAACCACUGUGUCUGCACACAGCGCCAAAGUUAAAAUAGCAGAAUUUUCUCGUACUCCUGAGGACUUUCUGAAGAAAUAUGAUGAGCUGAAAUCUAAGAACACGAGGAACCUUGACCCCCUGGUGUACCUGCUGUCGAAGCUCACAGAGGACAGGGAGACCCUGCAGUAUUUACAGCAGAACGCCAAGGAGAGAGCGGAGCUCGUGGCUGGCGCCCCCGCCGCAGCCUCCAGGAUCUCCGUGCAGGAGCUGGAGGAGCUGAGGAAGCAGCUGGGCAGCGUGGCCACGGGCCCCACGUGGCAGCAGUCUUUGGAACUCACGAGAAAGAUGCUUCGAGACAAGCAGAACAAGAAAAACUUGGGCCAGCGCCUCCCUGUCUUCCCAGCGUGGGUGUACGAGAGGCCCAUGCUGCUCGGGGACUUCCUGACGGGCUCAGGCACGAGCAUGGACACGGCUGUGCCCAUCGGCACACUGCCCCUGGCCGCCCAGGAGGCGGCCGUCGUGGAGGACCUGCUGUACGUGCUGGUGGGUGUGGACGGCAGGUACGUCACCGCCCAGCCCCUCACGGGGAGGCAGAGCCGCACCUUCCUCGUGGACCCCAGCCUGGACCUGUCCAUCCGGGAGCUGGUGAGCAGGGUCCUCCCGGCAGCCUCCAGCUACUCCACCGUGACCAGGUUCGUCGAGGAAAAGUCCUCCUUCGAGUACGGGCAGGUGAACCACGCCUUGGCGGCCGCCAUGAGAACACUGGUAAAAGAGUACCUGAUCCUGGUCACGCAGCUGGAGCAGCUGCAGAGGCAGGGCCUCCUGUCCCUGCAGAAGCUCUGGUUCCACAUCCAGCCGGCCAUGCGUACCGUGGACAUCCUGGCUUCCCUGGCCACCUCGGUGGACAAAGGCGAGUGUGUCGGGGGGUCGACCCUGAGCCUCCUGCACGACCGGAGCUUCAGCUACACGGGCGACAGCCAGGCACAGGAGCUGUGUCUGUACCUCACCACGGCCGCCAGCGUGCCCUACUUCGAGAUCCUGGAGAAGUGGAUCUACAGGGGCAUCAUCGACGACCCAUACAGCGAGUUCAUGGUGGAGGAGCGAGAGCUGCGCAAGGAGAAGAUCCAGGAGGACUACAACGACAGGUACUGGGAGCAGCGCUACACCGUGGUGCAGCGGCAGAUCCCGUCCUUCCUGCAGAAGAUGGCGGGCAAGGUGCUCAGCACAGGAAAAUAUCUGAAUGUGGUCAGAGAGUGUGGCCGUGACGUCACCUGCCCUGUGGCCAAAGAGGUGAUCUACACGCUGAAGGAGCGCGCGUACGUGGAGCAGAUCGAGAAGGCCUUCAGCUACGCCAGCAAGGUGCUGCUGGACUUCCUCACGGAGGAGAAGGAGCUCGUGGCCCGGCUGAGGUCCAUCAAGCGCUACUUCCUGAUGGACCAGGGCGACUUUUUCGUGCACUUCAUGGACCUCACGGAGGAGGAGCUGAAGAAGCCGGUGGACGACAUCACGCCCACCCGUCUGGAGGCGCUGCUGGAGCUGGCCCUGCGCAUGAGCACCGCCAACACCGACCCCUUCAAAGAUGACCUCAAGAUCGACCUGAUGCCUCACGACCUCAUCACCCAGCUUCUGCGUGUCCUCGCCAUCGAGACCAAGCAGGAGAAGGCGAUGGUCCACGCUGACCCCACCGAACUCACGCUGAGCGGCCUGGAGGCCUUCUCCUUCGACUACGUGGUGAAGUGGCCCCUGUCUCUGAUCAUUAACAGGAAAGCCCUGACCCGCUAUCAGAUGCUCUUCAGACACAUGUUCUACUGCAAGCACGUGGAACGGCAGCUCUGCAACGUUUGGAUCAGCAACAAGACUGCCAAGCAGUACUCCCUGCACUCGGCCAAGUGGUUCGCGGGCGCUUUCACCCUGCGGCAGCGGAUGCUCAACUUCGUCCAGAACAUCCAGUACUACAUGAUGUUUGAGGUGCUGGAGCCGACCUGGCACGUCCUGGAGAAGAGCCUGAGAUCUGCCUCCAACAUCGAUGACGUGCUGGGACACCACACCAGCUUCCUGGACAGCUGCCUGAAGGACUGCAUGCUGACCAACCCCGAACUGCUGCGUGUCUUCUCCAAGCUCAUGUCCGUGUGCGUCAUGUUCACCAACUGCAUGCAGAGAUUCACGCAGAGCAUGAAACUGGAUAGCGAGCUGGGCCACCUGACACUGGAGCACGGCACGAUGCGGGGGCCGCCCACGGAGGCCGAGCGGGCUGAGGAGCGUGCCCGCAAGGAGCUUGCCCGCAAGUGCCUGGCCGAGCAUGUGGACGCUCCGCAGCUGGCCUCCAGCUUCGAGGCCACCAUCAGUAAGUUCGAUAAGAAUUUCUCAGCCCACCUGCUCGACCUCCUGGCCCGGCUGAGCAUCUACAGCACCAGCGACUGCGAGCAUGGCAUGGCCAGCGUCAUCUCCAGGCUCGACUUCAACGGCUUCUACACUGAGCGGCUGGAGCGCCUGUCUGCAGAGAGGAGCCAGAAGGCGGCCCCCCCAGUGCCCAACCCGCGGGGGCCCCCAGCUCCAGCGCCCAGGGUCGCUGUCACUGCGCAGUGA